GGAGAUUCGAAGUUUUUGCACGCAAUCAGCAAAAAUGGCGCCAGUCGAACAACAUACAAUCGCUCUGGACGAUGGAAAAACCUUUUACCAUCCAGGAGAUGAGAUUCGUGGGAGAGUUUUACUUCGACUGAGUGGUUCAAUGACUAUUAGAAGUAUAAGYGUGGGCUUUCAUGGCGAAGGACAUGUUACUCAUCGUUCAGGUCGAACACGCUAUAACUAUACACAGCCAUACUUUCACUAUGCUUGCCUCGUGUAUGACUGCAAUAACGAAUCGGCAAACCACCAAUUUAGGGGAAACUUCCCACCAGGAGAAUUCUGGUUUCCCUUUGCAUUYAGACUUCCCCCUGUCAACCUUCCAACAUCAUACCAUGACAACACUGCGUCUGUGCAGUACUGGAUAGACUCGAUGAUUGACAGACCCAUGUGGUUCAACAAGAAGACUGCCAUUUCAAUUUUUGUGCUGGAGGCAGUGAAUGCUGACACUCAAGAACUUCAGCAUUCACAAACCAAGCAAAAGGAGAUGCCAAUUUGCUGCUGUUGUCGUCGAGGAGGAAAAGUGAACGUAUCAGGAAAGAUUAKCAAGGGAGGUUUCUACCCUGGGGAAGUGAUUGAGACGAAAUUCUUUGUUGAGAAUCAAUCCAACAGAGAAGUUACUUACACGGAGCUGGUUUUGAAGCAGAAGCUGAGAAAAAUAUAUGGAGAAGACCAUAGCUAUGAUURUGUGACMAGAACAAACAUCAUUGCAAGUGUAAAAGGUGUCGGAGUGCCACCCGGUCAAGAUGCUGACAUCAAUAACUUAAAGUUGGUUGUACCAAAUAAUGUGGCACCAACUACAACAUGCGAAGAGAGUAUUGUUGCUGUGAAAUACAUGGUUGAGUUAAUUGCUCACACAAAGGGAACUUGCGUAUGUGCAGCAAGUGUUGAAUUCCCCAUCACGAUUGGCUUCAUGCCGUCACAGCCCUCUGAUUGGUCUAGACAGGUACUGCAAGCAAUUGCACAGCUAGUGAACUCACAGUUAGAACAACAGGCCCAGGAAGAAAGGGAACAACAGGUUGUAAAUGAUGGACAAUWUAACCAUAGUGACAGAGCAAUGUUGAUACAAGGUGAAAACUGUUAAUUUGUGGGCUUCCUGUGGURUUUGUGGUCUAGAUUAGUAUUUGGUCGACGCUACCACAGAAAGAACUUUUUUCCAUAAUUAUGUAAUGUCACGUGACGAAACACUUAUCAUGGUAUCAUGACGUAUCAUGGUAUCGUAGUAUAAAAGAAAAAGAAGAUAAAAAUGUGUAAGAUAAUUCAACGUUGUGUAAGACAGUGCAACGUURUGCAAGACAACGCAACGUUACGUAAGACAACGUAACGUACUUCAACGCRUAGCGUAAAAGAAACGUAGAACAUAGCGUAGGUUGUCAUAGCGUAAAAGAAAUACAAGUUCACAGAAAAAAAGUUAAAGAUACAGAUUAGAGUCACGUAACGAAACUUAACUGGAACCAACUACUCUUGCGUAAUCAUUGUAGCAUGCGGAGUCUAAAGCAAUUCACUUAUAAAUGUAAACGUAACGUAAAAAUUGUAACUAAAGUCARCUAAACAACGUCAGAAAAACUGRCGAUAAUGGCUUCUAAAGUCGAAAAAAGCUUAUAAAAGUAUAAUAUCCAACUUUCCGUCAAAACUUACGUCUCUCCAGCGCGUUUUUGGACUGUUUUUUUUUUUUUUUUUUCGGUGUUUUACGCGUGAUCAUAGCGUUUUAUCAAGUCGAGAAAAUAGCCGUAUACCGUAAUGCCUCGCGGUCGGACAAUUCUCUUAAGCAGGCUUUCUCAAAGACAUUAGAAUUAGCUGUAACGAUGGCUGUACAUGUUGUACAUGUAUAAUUUAUCUGUAUUUAGUAAAAAAGGCCUGAAUUAAAUAAAAGUUGAUAAAGCUCAAGAUUGUA